ACCCCAUAAUAGCUUGUUUUGUAAGUCUGCGCGCAAGCUUAUGAUAAAGUUAAUGUUCAGAUACAGCUGUUUUCCGCAGGUUAGGACGUGACGUUUCUUUACUUCCGUGUGGCGGAUCGUUGUGUGACAUUUGAUCCUCCGCUGGUAUCCAGUCAGUCCUGAUAGUGUCUCCGGUCACAGUCCAGUCAACUCUUUACUCCACCUCCGACUGUGUCGUUUCUAACGGCUGUCACAUACCGAGCCUUUUGUCGAGUAGCUAGUUUUAACUUUGGUGACAGCUUUUAGUUUACACACGGCUUUCAUUUUAACGUUUAAAGCUACCUGCUCGGUACAAUGUCAGAUUUCGACAGUAACCCGUUCGCGGACCCAGACGUCAGCAACCCAUUCCAGGAUCCAUCAGUAACUCAAGUGAGACAAGCUGCUCCUCCUGGGCUAGAGGAGUACAAUCCCUUCACAGAUGGCAAACCAACAUCUGCAGGUAUGGCCGCCAAGCCUGCAGCCCCCACCUUCAGCACACAGCCUGCCAUCAUGAAACCAACAGAGGAGCCUCCAGCCUAUUCACAGCCUCAGGCACAGGAGCCGUCACGAGCAGCAACAGAGCUGUUGAAGAGGCAGGAGGAGCUGGAGAGGAAGGCUGCAGAGCUGGACCGCCGGGAGAGAGAAAUGCAGUCACUCAGUGCCUCAGGAGGCAGGAAGAACAACUGGCCCCCAGUCCCGGAAAAGUUCCCUGUGGGCCCCUGUUUCUACCAUGACAUUACAGUGGACAUUCCUGUAGAGUUUCAGAAGACAGUCAAGAUUAUGUACUACCUCUGGAUGUUUCAUACCGGGACGCUGCUUGCAAACAUGUUCGGCUGCCUGGCCUGGUUCUGUGUGGACGCGUCACGUGGGGUGGACUUUGGCCUGUCCAUCCUCUGGUUUAUGCUCUUCACACCCUGCUCUUUUGUAUGUUGGUACAGACCACUUUAUGGAGCGUUCAGGAGUGACAGCUCAUUCAGGUUUUUCAUUUUCUUCUUUGUGUACAUCUGUCAGUUUGGCAUUUAUGUUAUCCAGUGCAUUGGCAUCACUGGCUGGGGCACCAGCGGCUGGAUCUCAGCUUUGACAGCAUUAAAUACCAACAUCCCAGUUGGCAUUAUCAUGAUCCUCAUUGCUGCCCUCUUUACCUCACUGGCCGUCAUGUCACUUAUCAUGUUUAAAAAGGUCCAUGCAAUGUACCGCACCACCGGGGCCAGCUUCGAGAAGGCGCAGCAGGAGUUCGCCACAGGCGUCAUGUCCAACAAGACAGUUCAGACGGCAGCAGCUAAUGCUGCCUCCAGGGCUGCACAAGAUGCCUUCAAGGAGCAGGUCUGAUUGGCAGAAAAAACCCUGCUCAUCCUUUUGUCCAGACCUCAACCCCAUCCUUACCCCUCAUCCGUGACUUCCAGCCUCCACUGAGCUAAGUGCCCUGUUUGAACCCAUAGAGUGUCCCCACAGCCUCCCGACUGCUGGGUUGAUGUGUGGGCACUGCAGUUAACACAUAGUUUUUGCCCACCCAGUCACCCAGUGAGAUAUUAUGUGCUGGAAACACUCAAACAGGGCCGUGGCUCCUUCUUGCCCACACACUUCUGUCCUACUCUGCCCCGGCAACGUUGUUCACUCUCAUCUCUGACUCUGGGACCCCACUCUGGCGCUGCACUCCUACAACUCAACCAGCGUGCUCUGCUUUAUUUUCUGUGUGAGUGUGGCCAACUACAUGAAUGUUUGUCUCUCUUUAAACAUUAGUGCCUCCUUAAGGCCUGUGUGUUCUCUGUAGACAGUUUUAUGUAGCUGAACAAACUUCACAGUGUUCCGUGCAUCCCAUAGGCAUUGGCCUCCCGUAUGACUGAGCAUUACUCCAUCAUUUAUUGAGUUUAAUCACUACUUUCUAAUUUAUUACUCGACAAAUGAACAUCAUCUAUUCUCUGGUUGGUAGAUUCCAUAUGUACUCCUCAAGCAUUUGCUGUUGUCCUGGAAAACAUGUAUAUCUUAAUGCUGCUGCCCCCUGGUGGAGUGAUAUUGUGUUGCUGAAGAUGAAUGCUGUGCAUUCCAGAUCACUGCCUUGCCUUCUGCUUCUUUUCCUUUCCACAGAAUAGGAUUAGUGAAAUUGUGUGGUUAUUUUUCCUUAAAGUGAUAGUUUAGCCAAUAUUCUGUUCAUUCUGUUUUCAAAUACAGAGCCCAGUAAGUUUUCACCAUCCACAGAGUUUGGUCAGACGUGUUUAUACACAACACAGUGUCCAGAUUAAUGAAAUGUGGGGAUGUACAUAAUGCUGCAAAAGAGGUAUGGAAAGUUGAUUUUCCUCACUAUUAACAAUUUUAACUUAGAAAAGACUUUUUAGCCUUCUAUUCUAUUCAGCAUACAGGGACUAUGUGUUUGAUACCCAAACUUUGCUUGUCCUUCGGAUAGAUUGUCACUUUAACACGUCCUUUCUAAAUAUAUGUUUCUUUAAUUCUUUUGCCUCUAAUAAUCCACAUAUCUGUUGUGAAAUCAUGCCAAGUUGCACUUUAAUCGGUCCUUAUAUUCUUUUUUUUUAGCACUGCACUGGAUGUUUAUAAUUCCCUCAUACUGUCCUGCUCUUUAGACUCAUAGAACAAGUCAUACAUUUUCAUAUAUAUAAAUGCACCAGCUGAGUUCAGUAUAUAUUUUUACAUGACACCUAUCUCUUUGUGUCAUUCGCUUAAGAAACAGAUGAAAUGAAUGACACUGUCGACAUGAGAUCCACUAUUCUGUAUAUACAGCUGCAUGUUUAUACAGUCGAUGAUUUUGAAGAGCAAAGUCUUAAUUUGUCUCCAGCUUUUCUUCUUUGUGUCCUGGAGAUUUACCUCAGCUUUACUCAGGAUGUACUCUUGCAUGAUGAGAUAAAAAUAUUACUCUACAAGAUUAUACAGUACAAAAACAACUGGCCUGUUUUUAAAAUAUAUGCUGUAAGUCAAUCUAUUGCAAUAAAAGUGACUCAUAAAACCACAAAAUAGGCCAGUAAUGCUCAUUUUAAUGUUCUGAAUGCUGAUAAUUGCUUGCAUAUUAUUCAACAUUGGGACUGACUAUGACUGAACUCCAGCAACACCACAAUCAGAUGCACUAUUAAAAUUAUGCUUGGUGUUUUCAAAUCUCCAUACUGUGGUGAUCAGUACUUUAAAGCUCAUUGUCCUUCCGAGAUGUCCUUGAAUGUGUCUUUUCUAUAAAUAGUACGAUACUUGUGUGCCUCAGUGGGAGCUGCAAAGCAUUUUAAGCCGACUGAAUGUGUCUGAUUACACUGUUAUGGUUUUCAUGAUUAAACCAGUUAAGCCUUUAUAUGUAUAGGUUACGUAGGAGUGUAAAAAGCUUGAACUGGUCCUUUAAGUCUUAUCUAUGUGCAGGGCAGAGUCUGGGAUCCUUCUGAUUUACUGCUGAUUUUCUUUUUAAUGGAAUCUGUUGUGGCCUCCUGAAGAUGCCUUUAUUGUUGGCUACUUUUUCCCUGUUUUACUUCCCGCUGGCUUCAUUUGAGUCAAAAGUGUGUGGAUACGCAACGCGAGACUUUCUUCUCACUGAAAAAGAAUCAGACCGGGCGGAUCUUAGAAGACAAUUUGCUGUUUUGACUUCUGUAAUAAAUGAUAAAUGUGAAAAAGGCACUGCGAUGUGAACUGUGUGAUGUACUUUAGAUGGACUGUGCUUUAACCUUUGCUUUCUAAUCAACAUGGUAGAAACACUGAGAAUGAAACAGACUCUUUCAUAGGCAUCUCAUGAAAUGAUUCAAACAAUAGUAAGGGAUGUUUGUAUAUUUUGUACAAUUUCCAGAUGGUCAGCUAUUGCUCUAAGUUUCAGUGUAAUUUUUAGAUGCACUCUGGUUUCACCUUCAGUCGCAUGUUGGCUAGUUUGAGUUUUGUAUAUUUAUUGUAUCAAUUAAAUAAAAGUUCUUCUUCUGUA